CUCCGGGCCGCCAGAGGGCGCUGUCCGCUGGGACGCCCCGAAGGCGGUGCACAAGAUGGCGGCGGCUUCGGGUUCGUGCUCGGGAAUGGGGCGGCCUCGCCCGGGACCCGCCCGGUUCCGGGGUUGUUUGGUCGGAGCGUUGUUGGGUGACUGCUUGGGCGCUGUGUUCGAAGGCAAGAGCGUCGUGAAGCUGCCGGAUCUGCUGCGUUUCCUUCAAGGCCUGGAACCGGCGGCUGAGCCGCCUGAGGCGGGGGAAGCGGCGGGCAGCGCCCGCAGAGAGACACUUUCAUACACGGAUGACACGGCCAUGAGCAGGUCGGUGGUGCAGUCCCUGCUGGCCAAGCAAGAGUUUGAUGAAGUUGAUAUGGCCAAGAGGUUUGCUGAGGAGUACAAGAAGGAGCCCAACAGGGGCUAUGGGAUGGGGGUCGUCAAUGUCUUCAAGAAGCUCCUGAGCCCCAAGUGCAGUGAUGUGUUUGAACCAGCACGGGCCCAGUUCAAUGGGAAAGGUUCCUAUGGCAACGGGGGUGCCAUGAGGGUGGCAGGCAUCCCACUCCUCUAUUCUGAUGUCCAGGAUGUUAAGAAGUUUGCCAGGCUGAGUGCAGAGCUGACCCACGCCAACUCCCUGGGCUACAACGGGGCCAUCCUGCAGGCCCUGGCCGUGCACCUUGCCCUGCAGGGACAGCUCAGCAAGGAGACCUUCCUGGAGCAGCUCAUCACCCACAUGGAGGAUGUAGAGGCAGAUGACAAAUCUCUGACUGAUGCCCGAGCGCUGGGAUUUGAAGAUUUGCCAUUUUCAAGGCGUCUAAAGAAGAUAAAGGAGUUUUUGGAGCUCAGCAGUGUUCCCAAAGCAGAUGUAUUGUUUGAAUUAGGCAACGGCAUCGCUGCCCUGCGCUCUGUCCCCACUGCCAUUUUCUCCUUCCUGCACUGCAUGGAAGCUGUCCCAGAGAUUCCUGACCACUACAGCAGCCUGCAGAGAACCAUCAUCUACUGCAUUUCCCUGGGUGGAGACACAGACACCAUUGCUACCAUGGCAGGAGCCAUUGCAGGGGCUUAUUAUGGUGAGGAACAGAUACCCCCGAGCUGGGAGCAGAGCUGUGAAGCUUUUCAAGAGACACAGAAACUGGCAGACAGCUUGUAUGAACUGUACAGCCAGAGGCUCUGAGCCCCUGGGGGAGCCUGAAGGUAAAGCCAGGUGGUCACCUCUGCUGGCCAGUCAGAAAUGGGGUGGUGGGUCCGUCCCCUGGGUGAGCUUCCACUGGAGAGAUAACUCUUCUGGGAGCAGAGCAGGGAGCCAGGAGCUGGUUGGGAAGAGGAGGGACAUAUCCUUCAGUUAUGAGUCAGCUGGGAAGUGGCUGCACGUGGCCCUUUGGAUGGUGGGUGCCUCUCCUCUGAAGUGUACAGGAGUGUCUCAUUUUUCACAAGAUUUCUGCUUCUUGCUUUGCCCAUCAUUGUACCAUUUUGUUGUUACAGUUCUUUGGUGGGUGUCUGAACCCCUUGACUGUCUUACUGUUCUCCUGGGCCCUGUUGUUUCAGUGGCUCACCCUGCAGUGGCUUUGAGAGGCUCCACAGCCCUCCCAGAAUGUCACUCGUGGUGACCAGCUGAGGGAUGUAGAUGGGAGUCAUCAGGCUGGAGGACAUCCUGUGUGGUGGCUUGCAUUUCCACCUGUGCUGGGGAUGAGGGUGCUGCAGGGCAGAUCUUAAGGAUUUCCUCAGAGGCAGAAUUAAAAGUGCCAGAGACUGAAGAAGAGAUUUGUUUUGCAGUGGUGGUGGCAUUGUGAGAAAUGCCUUUGGUGUGUGCAGACAGAAUCCCAGCUGGUGGUGCUGGCAGAGGCUGUAACCAAUCACUGCUCCCUUGGUGUCCUUUGCUCUGCAGUCCACCUGGCACUGCCCUCAUCUGUUGCACUUUGUGUUCCCUUACAUAGCUGAUUUUCACCUUGCUGCAGCCACUCUAGCUAAUCCCUUGUCCCUGAUCCAUGCAUCCUGCAUUUUUAAUGUUGUCUGGAUCACCAAGUGAAAUUGCUGUUUAAAUGUGUGGGUGGAGGGUGUUGUGACACCUAGCAUGACACAGGGACUGAAUUCCUGGUUCUGCUGCAGUCAGUGACAAAAAUUGCUCUGUACUUGGUAAAGAUCAUCUGAAAAUAAAGGAAAAAGUAGGUUAAUUGGGGGACAAUUUGAUUAAAAGCUUAAAAGGAUUUGUGUAUUUGAAGCUGGUACUGGUGGCCAAGACUCUCCUUGCAAAGCUUUGUUGUUCAGAAUUUCACAUUUCAAACCUUGGCCCAGCAGAGCUGGUCAAGCAAGGAUUUAACAGCUGGGCUAUGGCAUGGCUGGAAAGCUUUCUAACAGUUAAAAACCCAAAGAAAGGAAGAGGCAAGCAGACAUCAUAUGGAAACGUUUAUAAAUCUGAAUGUGGCAAUAUAAAUCUUUGUUAUUUCUCUGUUGUUUCUUGUGACAUGGGAAGUGCUGGUCCUGCUCAGCCCAGCUCCCUCUCUGAUGGUGUUGGCACAGGGUGCUGUGUGUCCAGCUGCCUGCACAUGGGGACAGUCUGGCUGCUCUAGUUCCUUGCAGCUUUUCCUGUAGUCUGCUUCCUGCCAGUGCCAGUCUGCUGUGUGAUGCUGUAAUGGGUUUUCCUUGUGUAAAUGAAUUCUUGUCCUGAGAACAUGUGGAGUUUUGGCCUGCUGUGUAUCCAUGUCUUGUGCUGCAGAUCUGAGGUGUGAAAUGUCAGGUUCUUCUAAAGCAGCUAUAUAAUUGUAAAUGAUAUAAUUGUAAAUGUUUGGAACUCACAAAGAGUAGAAGUACUCCUGUUUGUGAGGCCAGAAUUUAAAUGUAAACUAAAACACUAAGCUCUGGCUUCCUUGGAAAGAAAUAAAAUCACUUAGUUAUCUUUGUUAAUUAACCCUUGCUCCCAUCUUUCACUCAGCUCAUGAAGCUGCACUUCCCUAUUGGAGACAAGAGGAGUUGUGUGGGAACAGCUGGGCUCUCACCUCACCCCCUGCCCCACUGUAAGACUCAACCUGAAACUAUUUCUGGAAAUCUUUCUGUAGGAAGCAAAGUGGAAGUUGUUUGGUGCUGGUUCUAGGUGACUGACCAGCUUCAGCUGCUCAGGGUACAGAGCUGGGCUGCAGACAAGGUUGUAUAAUGUAGCCAAAAAAAAUAAUACUGAAAAUAAAGCACAGAAGGGAAAGGGAAUCCCCAGAACUUUGACUUAGUACCUCUUACAGGAGGAUAUGGAUCAGUAAGCAAAUCUGCUGGGCUGCAGGGAACAAGUAAGAUGGAUUUGUAAAGGAAAGAGUCACCAGGCUGGUGGAGGAAGGACAUUGAUAGCAGGACAAAGGCACAGCUGAGCCCACCUUUAUACAAUAAGUUUUAUUGGUGUUUUGUCAAUACAAUCAAGUACUGUAGUUUUAGUUCUGAAGAGAAGGCCAGUUUCUGAUCACAAAGAGUGCAUUUUAAACCAACUUUUACUAUGACAGACAGUGCAUGUAAUAAGUAUUUACAAAACUAAAAACCUCUAUAUACUAGGUUAGAAAUGAAGAUACUAGAGGCAAAUUUAAAAAAAAUAGUAAGAAUUUGUAUAUAAAAAUGCACAUUGUAAUGCAGUUUUCACCAUUAAAAAUAGACAUACUCCAUCCAACCCAACCUUUUUUUAUUAUUGUGAUUGAAACCAAAAUCCCAUGCACUCACACACACGACAGAAAAUAAUCCUUUCUGCUGGCGAAUAUCAGGUACUCAGCACUCCAGAAAAAAAAAAAUCCUUCCUGACAGUGUCUGGUUCAGUGAACAGCCCCUCCCUCAUCCUGUGCAUCGUUUUUCUUCUUUUUUUUUCUUUUUUUUUUUUUUUUUCCUAGUCUAACUCUAUGUGCAUGUAAUACCUUUGCCUUUCAAUUACUGUGUAAAUGUAACAGGUUAUAUAGCUGCAGAAGGUUGAUUAUGGUUUAUGCUCUGCACGUGAAGGGAAAGUGAGAUUGCAAAACAAUAUCUACAGCGCUGAAGGAGUCAGCGUCUCGCUGCGG